AAGCGAUGUCUUCCUGGAACCAUACCUGCAGCAGCACGGCACCGUUCAAGUGGUCAGCUCGCCGAGCACCCCGCCGCCGAAUCCGCUGCAACAUCAUCAACUUACGCAGCUACAUCAUGUACAGAGCGAGGAAUCGCUUUCAUCAGAAGAAUCGGCCACUUCGGGAGGAUCUUCAAGAUCUACAGAAGAUUCUGGCAGCGAAGUGGCUUGCGAUAUUACCCUAAUCGAAAGGCUCAUACGCUCUCACCCGAUCUGGUUCUUACCGGGCAUUCAGAGAGCCGGGGCCUUUCACUUGUUGCAGGGCAAAGAGGAGGGGGAUGAUUUUGACCAUCACCCUCAGAGUGACGAACUGCCAGUGCAAUUGAUUUUACCGAAAGCGAUGCGAGAAGCGAAAAAUAGGCAGCAAUUGUCGUCGCUGGCGUUGCUGGGCCAAGAGUUUUGGCGAUAUCCAAUGGCGAAUCCGAAGCCACCGGAAAGCAGCAGCAGCAAUACUUCUAGUCUGAGCAGUUUCCAUGGGGGUAACAAUAACCACCACAUUAACAAUAAUAAUAACAUGGAUAAUACGCCAAUCACGGAGAGUAUAGUGCUUAAUCUGGCCCCAAUAUCAUCCUACAAUACACACACUCCCUCUCCGACAAAUACCGUUAACGCGAACACCUCAACUUUUGCGUCGUCGUUGCCGCGUCAGCCACGUCCAACUCCGCCGAACACUCUCAAUCUGACAACUUUUAACGAACCUCUGAAUGAUACCAAAAGGGACCGGAUCUCGUCACCGACUGACAAACUCUCUCACAAACUGAUCUCGCCGAAUCUCGUGCAAAGCGUGCGAUGUCCCUCGCCGGUGGUCCACAACGUGGAAAACAACGUUUUGAGUCCUGUUCAGGAUAUGAGAAAUUUCGACGCUCUAAAGAAUAGUCUGUAUACGCCAAAAUUAACGACGAUCGAGUUUACCAAGAGCUCGGGGAAGUUCGCGUCCGUCUCGAGUUUCCAUCAGAACAACCUGUCGUACACCACGUCUCCAGAAUUGCCGGAUAAUAGGAAUAUCAUCGCUGAAAAUCAAGGAACUAGGCAAAGUGUGAAGACGCCGCCACCGCCGCCGCCAAGAUGGGCCAAGCCCGGCAUCAAUCAGAAUCAGAAUAAUUUUACUGUGACUACGACGGUGACGUUUAACGUGAACCAAGGCAACGUGAAUACUUCACAGCAAAACACACCGUCGGAUCCUAGUACAUCGCUGCUGAGUCCUCAAUCUACUAAAUCUUUCAAUUCCAACUUUUCCAUCAAAUCGCCUCUUUCGCCCACCACUCCGAUUGUAUCCCCCACGUCAAAGCUGAUCCCAAAGACACCCAACGUGCUCUCCCCAAAUACUCCUUCUAGCACCAGUAAAUCAAAAAGGCGGCGCGAUCGCGAGAAAAACUCACGGAAAAACUCCCAACACUAUCAGGAAUCGGACAUCUUGGAAUCGUAUUAUCGCAGCUCGCCGGCCGAUAAAAUUUCCGAUUACGAAGACAUCUGGAACACGACUGACCAAUCGACACAGUCGACCUGGAACGAAGGGUUGAAAGAUAACAGGGUCACCUGCACUCUGCAAGAUUGCGCGAGAAAUUCUAAUGACCGUCUGAUGAGUCCCAGAGAAUCCGAAAAGAGUCUUGUCAAUGAAAGAUCGCCAGCGGGAGAACAGAUGGCUCUGAAGAACGACAGGUUUAUUCCAAAAAACGACAAAAUGCAAUACAAAGAAAUGAUGAGUCCGGAAUUUAGUAGUUUUAAGCCUGUUCCGGAGAUGAAGAGUCCUGACCAGAGCUCGCCGGAGGAGACUGGUAUGGGGAAGAGGCCCGAUCUGCUAUCUAGAGUUUGCAGUGCCAACUCGUUGAACAGCCCCAACACGGUGACGCCCCCGAGAAACAAAUUGGGCCUUGUUUUGGCGAAGUCGGAGAGCAACAGUCCCCGGACCUCCGAAUCUAAACAGAGCAGUCCCUUCUACGCAGAACCGGCCGAUGCCAUUGUUCAAAAUGCCAUUAUAAUCCCGAGAAGACGAGCAACCAAAAAUAAUCCGGCGUUGAACAAGUACCGACACAGCGAACCAGGUUGGUUACAAACUCCGACGGGGAAUGCCAAUCAAUUGCAUCCUAUUGAUUGCUGGGAAGAGCCCUCCGAAGAGACGGAGGAAAAAACGCCAUUAAUCUCGUCGUCAGUCGACAACCUAGCGAAAAGAUUGGUUCAAGCUAAGGAGACGAAGAAGAUUCCUCGGGCGAAGCCCGUUCAACCACCAAAGAUCAAGACCAAAGUGUUUAAUGACACUUCUUGGGCGGUAGAUUCUAGUUGGGAGUUUAUCGGCAAUGAAGCUGAAGAGCCAGAUUGCGAACCGGACUAUGACUGUGAUGCUGAUUAUGAUGGCGACAAUGUCGCUAGAAAAUUUCCCAGUGACGAGGAAUGCAAUAGAAACAUUCGGAAUACCUUGACUGUUCAAAAUAUCAUCUUACAACGGCACCCGGAACUGCUGAAGCCGCCAGAUAUGUGUGAGUCGUUAUACAGCGACCGGAACUCGUCGUAUGACAACGUAGAAAAGCGGAAUGUGGAGCGCGAGGAUACCCCGGACUCGCGGAAAGAUCGCACGUACGAUCCUUCAGAGUGGGAAACCAUGCUGGAUACAGACGCGGAGAGUGAUGUGGAAAGAAUCAAACGAAACAAGAGUUUUAAGGAACGACUGGAUCCUCUCUUGUUUCCAGAACCAGAAAAAACUGAAGAAAUUGCAGACAUUAAUUUGUAAAAAAAAAGUUGAUUUAUGAGAAAAGUUGAGAGCUUUCAAGUGGAUCAUAUCAGAAGGAGAUAAUCUCAUGAUGGAGAAAAACAGAGUCCAAAAAUCUGUCCUAUGCCACGAUAUUCAUCUAAUUCUAAGACAGUCUACGAUAAAGCUCAUAAAAGUGUGUCCACGUGCUAGCAAACGCGACAACAAUUGUAAUAUGAUAAUUUGUGACGUCCAAAGAAAUUUAGAACAUACAUAACUACAUUAGACAAAUAACUGUAAACAACAACAUUGAUGGAGUAAGUUUAAAAGUAAAGCGUAAAAUGAAAUGGAUCGGCACCUUGAAGAAAUCAUUCGACAAGAGCCUUCUCGCACGCUGACAACUUACAUCUAAAAGGAAAGCGCGAUAUAUAUGUUCGUUCCACGCUCGCGAGUGCGAUAAGAAGUCGUUAAACCCGAUAACGAUUAUUUGUACACGUAAUUGCCGUCUUAAUCUUUAGCACUGCAGACAUUUGUUGUCACAAAAAAGGAAAAUUACUUAAAUCUCGUGAUAGUUGAAUGUAUUCAAAUUAUUCCUAUUUAGUGUCUUUAUUUAAUUUAUUUUUAAUUUACAAUUUAUUUACUUUGAGUAUAUCUUAUUCGAAUUUGCUAAAAUGAGAUAAAUAAAUAUCACAAUACGUAUAAUUAAUGCUGAUAUUGGUGAAUUAAAAUUGCUGGAGAAAUUCCAAAGGGACUUUUCUGUGAUUUUCGCUUUCUAUAGCAAAUAUAUUUCUUUAGUUACACAAAGUAGGAAUACUUUGAAAAAAGAGAAAUAGUAUACUAGUUGUACAAUAUACUAUUAUGUGGAAUAUACUGACCUUUUAUCUGUCAUACAAAUCGAUAGCACAAUUUUAAUUGCAUUUCACAUGGACGAGAUGGAUGGAGAAUGGAUGAUGAUUAAUUGUUCGCUGGAGGAGGCUAGUCGCUUGGAAAUGGAAAUGAAACGCGAACUGAAGUUCUCUGUUAAGAAACUCUUGCAGAGAAUUAUAAACUGUAUCCAACGUUUUCUGAAGAUGAGCGUAAACAUUUUUGAAUGUAAUUAAUAAUUAGCA